AGUGACAGAUGUAAAUGUCAAGUUUAGUUUUCGUCACAAAUCCCAGAAUUAAUGAAUUAUCAAUUAUCUAUCAAUUUGUUUAUUAGUUUGUUGAAUGUCAUAAAUUUAUAAAAAAAUGAGUGCUUUGUUCAAAAACUGCACAACUUAAGAUAUUUCAGAAGUGUAGUGGUCUAUAAAGAUUCGCUACAAGGUGGUACAGUCACUAGUAUACUUGCACAAAAAAUGCAGAUAGAAAGAAACUAUUACUAAUUUGUAUUAAAAUUUUACAUAUCGAUUAAAUCCGAAAGUUAAUAUAUUCUUUUAAUAACAUCAUUCACUAUUUUUACUCUAACGAUUUCUAUGAAUCAUAAAAGUAAUGGCAAUGACUAAUGUAACAACUAAUACAAGCUCAUUUAUACAUAAUCAAGGAAAAGUUUUUAAAGUAAUUGUUAUAGGAGAUUCAAAUGUAGGAAAAACUACACUAACAUAUAGAUUUUGUGAAGGCAAAUUUUUAGAAUUGGCUGAGGCUACAAUUGGCGUAGAUUUUAGAAAUCGUACUGUUAAUAUAGAUGGAGAAAAUAUAUCGUUACAAUUAUGGGACACAGCUGGGCAAGAAAGAUAUCGUAUGUCAAUGAUACGCCACUAUUAUAGAAACACACAUGCAAUUGUAUUUGUGUAUGAUGUAACCAAUAAGGCCUCAUUUGAGUCUUUAAAAAAAUGGAUAGUUGAAAGUAACAAGCACUGUCUGCCAGAUGUUCCACGAAUUUUAGUAGGAAAUAAAUGUGAUGGGACUGCUGCAGUUGCAACAAAUAUGGCUCAACAAUUUGCAGACCAACAUAAUAUGCCCUUAUUCGAAACUUCAGCCAGACUGGAUUCUCAAUGUGAUAAUGUAGAAGCUAUAUUUUUAACGCUAGCUCAUAAGUUAAAAAAUCAGAAACCAUUUUUACCUCCAGCAUCCUCUAUUAGGGUUGGUGGUGUUGCGGAAGGGACAAAUAAAUCAUCAUGGUGCUGCUGAAGGUUUUAUUAUAUUGUAUUUGUAUAUCUUAAAAGGAAAUUUAACAAAUAUAUUUUUUAGUAUCUAA